CUCGGGCAGCGGGGACCCGGGUGAAGAGCUGGGGGCGGAGCGGCGGUGCCCAGCGCGCCGGGGAGGCAGGCAGGCCGGCGGGCGAGGGGCGACGGCGGGCCGGGCCGCGCUGCGCUGCCGGGGCCGGCUGGGUGGUGGGGGGCGCUGCCGUCUCGCCGCCGGGCGUCGUUUCUGCCGGGCGGUCGCGGCGCCGGGCGGGGCCGGAGCGGCUCGGGGCCGCCCGCGGGGCAGACCCCGGCGCCGCCGCCGGCGGGGCCGGGAGGAGCCCGACUCCGUUGCCGCCCUCCCCUCCGUGCACACGCACGUCGCACGCUCCGCUCGGCGAACGCCCCCGUCCUCGCCGAAAGCUGUUGCUUUUUUUUUUUUAAUCACCCUCCCUCCUCUCUUCUCCUCCCCUCCCCUCCGCUUUAACGAGAAGAAAAGUCUAUUGGAUUUGGAUUUAAUGUGUUUCCUUGGGGUCGGAAGAAACUCCUGCCUGCUGGAUCUGGUUUAGACGCCCGACAGACAAGAAAUGCUGUUUGUAUGAACGUAGUCGCUGGUUUCAUGGAGGCUGUGGAGAGAGUCUGGGAGACCGAAAGUUUUUAAGGUCCUCACAGAAGUUUCUUUGUUCGGUCGGAGAAGAUCCUUGUGGAUGGUUUAAUAAACUCUGUUCUGCUUCCUGGUGAUUCUGUGGUCCAAGUUCAGAAACUGAUUCAGACUCCUAUGGUGUGAAUUGGCAGUGGUGGAGUGAUUCGGAAUGUUGGCUUUGAAAGCUCAGGGAAGAAGCAGCAGGGAGAAAAAGACACAGUGUGCCUGAAAAUGACAACAAAGCGCAAUUUGUUUGUGCGGCUGGUGCCAUGCCGCUGUCUGCGUGGAGAGGAGGAAACAGUCACUACGCUUGAUUAUUCUCACUGCAGCCUGGAGCAGGUGCCUAAGGAGAUUUUUACUUUUGAAAAGACCUUGGAAGAACUCUAUUUAGAUGCUAAUCAGAUUGAAGAGCUUCCAAAGCAACUUUUUAACUGUCAGUCUCUGCACAAGCUGAGUUUGCCAGACAAUGAUCUAACCACAUUGCCAGCAUCCAUUGCAAAUCUCAUUAAUCUCAGGGAACUGGAUGUCAGCAAGAAUGGCAUACAGGAGUUUCCAGAAAAUAUAAAAAACUGUAAAGUCUUGACAGUUGUUGAGGCCAGCGUUAAUCCAAUUUCAAAGCUUCCGGAUGGAUUUUCCCAACUGUUAAACCUAACGCAGCUGUACCUGAAUGAUGCUUUUCUUGAGUUUUUGCCAGCCAACUUUGGCAGACUAACUAAACUCCAGAUAUUGGAACUUAGAGAAAACCAAUUAAAAAUAUUGCCAAAAACCAUGUCCAGACUGACUCAGCUGGAGCGACUGGACUUAGGAAGUAAUGAAUUCACAGAAGUGCCUGAAGUACUUGAACAACUGAGUGGGCUAAAGGAAUUUUGGAUGGAUGGUAAUAGACUAACACUUAUUCCAGGGUUUAUAGGCACUUUGAAACAACUGACCUACUUGGAUGUUUCUAAAAACAACAUUGAAGUAGUUGAAGAAGGUAUUUCAGGUUGUGAAAGCCUGCAAGACCUACUGUUAUCCAGUAAUUCCCUUCAGCAACUGCCAGAGUCUAUUGGUUCCCUGAAGAAGGUAACAACACUUAAAAUUGAUGAAAACCAGUUAAUUUAUUUGCCAGACUCCAUAGGAGGGUUAAUAUCAGUGGAAGAACUGGAUUGUAGUUUCAAUGAGAUUGAAACAUUGCCUUCGUCUGUUGGGCAGCUCUCUAAUAUAAGGACAUUUGCUGCAGAUCAUAACUUUUUAACACAGCUGCCAUCAGAGAUUGGAAACUGGAAGCAUGUAACAGUGUUGUUUCUGCAUUCUAAUAAGCUUGAAUUUCUCCCUGAAGAAAUGGGUGAUAUGCAGAAAUUAAAAGUCAUCAAUCUGAGUGACAAUAGACUGAAGAGUUUGCCAUUCACCUUUACAAAACUGCAACAGCUCACUGCUAUGUGGCUAUCAGACAAUCAGUCUAAACCACUUAUCCCUCUUCAAAAAGAAGCUGACCCUGACACACAGAAAACAGUGCUUACUAAUUACAUGUUCCCCCAGCAACCAAGGACUGAGGAUGUUAUGUUCAUAUCUGAUAAUGAAAGUUUCAAUCCAUCUCUGUGGGAGGAACAGCGGAAACAGCGUGCUCAGGUGGCAUUUGAGUGUGAUGAAGAUAAAGAUGAGAGAGAGGCUCCACCUCGGGAAGGCAACCUGAAGAGAUAUCCAACUCCGUAUCCUGAUGAAUUGAAGAAUAUGGUCAAAACAGUCCAGACAAUUGUACAUAGGCUAAAGGAUGAAGAAUCUACUGAAGAUAUUGCAAGGGAGCCAAAACGAGAAGGCCAGACGGUUUCUGUAAAAGAUGUGGGGGUAAAGACUUCAGAAAUUGCUUCAAUAAAGAAUAAAGCAGAUGAGAGAAAGCAGUAUUCAGCAGGAAGCUCUGUGCAGAAGCCUACUGAACCAGAAGCAGAGCACAGCACUGCAAAUUCACAGAUGACUGCACUUGUUAAAACCUUGCAGAACACGAAAACAAUUGUCAACCAUGAAGACACGCUCGAGCAGGAGUCAGAAGAACUCUCCUCUGAUGAAGAGAUGAAAAUGGCAGAAAUGAGACCACCGCUGAUAGAAACCUCCAUAAACCAACCAAAAGUGGUAGCUCUUAGCAAUAACAAAAAAGAUGAUUCAAAAGAUGCUGAUUCCUUAUCAGAUGAAGCUACCCACAAUAGCAAUCAGAAUAACAGCAACUGUUCCUCUCCUUCUCGAAUGUCAGAUUCUGUUUCCUUAAAUACUGAUAGUAGCCAAGAUAUUUCUCUCUGUUCUCCAGACAAAGAAACACAUGCUGCUGUUUUAUCCAAGAUCAGGCGAGAAGAUGAAAAUAUGAAUAAUCUUUUGCAAAAUGGAGGUGAAUUGAGCAUUACGUUAGAAGAAAAAAUAGAUGUGCAAGAGAAGGUUACAAAUUUGUCUGAAUAUGAAUUAAGCAUUGAAGAAAGAUUAAGCUUGAUAGGAAGAGGUGGUGAUCUAAGCACUCCUACGGAGGAGUCUCACAAAUUAGACCAAAUAAACAUGAAUAUCAAUAAACUGGUUAGUGGAGAGGCAGUGCCACUUCCUGUAGAAAGGUUACAAACACAGGAAAUAGUUUCAGUGAAGGGUUUCUUAAAUAACAACAUGAGAGAAGAAAGUGAGCACUUGGAAAAUGGAAAUAAAUAUCCUAUAAAUAAAGUAAAUGGACAUCCUGAGGAAGCAGUACAGUCUCCCAGUAGAGAUGAACUAACAAGAAGCACUACAGUUGAUGGCGACUCUGCUGAGCUGUCUGUUUCGAGGAGCACUGAAGAUUUGUCCCCACAGAGAAGUGGUCCUGUGAUGAAAUCUCACAGCAUCACCACUAUGGACACUGGUGGUCUGAAAAUCUACGACAUUGUCAAUGAGAAUGGAUCUCAACAAGCAAACUCAGUGGUAAAAUUGGCAUCUGACAGUGCAGAUGGAAAAAACAUAGUCCGAAGUAAAUCCGCUACUCUUCUGUAUGAUCAGCCUUUGCAGGUUUUUCCUGGGUCAUCGUCAUCAUCUGAUUUAGUAUCUUCUACAAAAACUGUGUUCAAGUAUGACUCAAAUCACAAUCCGGAAGGUGCUAAUGUAGUGAGAGGAUCAGUGACAAGUGGUGCACAGAUGUUCUGCGCCCCCCAGUAUAAUAUUCAGUACAGCAGCAGUGCAACAGCGAAAGAUGCCUUGUGGCCUCAGAAACAAAACACCCAAGUAGAACAAGGCAGCUUACCUCCUUCACGUCUGCUUAGGUCUGACAGUGCAGAAACCCCCAGCUAUGUAAAGCAUUCUGCCAAUAUGAAUUUCUCCAAUCAUAACAAUGUCCGAGCCAGUGCUGUGUAUAACACUCAUCAACGGAUGGCGGGGAGACAUAUCGAUAUGUGGGCUAUUCCACCAAAUGAUAGACUACUGCCAGGAGCAACCAGACACACUCUUCAAAGGCAGAGCAGUGUGUCUUCUACAGCUUCUAUAAAUGUUGGGGAUACUGGACCGUCAAGGCGGACCCAGGUUUCUGAAGGGGACUAUUUAACAUACAGAGAUUUGCAUUCAAUGGGAAGAGCUCCACCAGUAAUGUCUGGGCAACAGAGACCUCUUUCUGCCAGGACAUACAGCAUUGAUGGUCCAAAUUUACCCCGACCGCAGAGUGCUCGGCCAUCAGUGAAUGAAAUACCAGAAAGAACUAUGUCAGUUAGUGACUUCAAUUACUCACGGACUAGUCCUUCAAAGAGAUCAAACCCAAGGGUUAACUCUGAGCACUCUUUAUUAGACCCUCCAGGAAAAAGUAAAGUCCCUCAUGACUGGAGGGAACAGGUGCUGCGACAUAUUGAGGCUAAAAAGCUAGAAAAGAGCAUGCUGUCUAGGUCCUUUAAUUCCAAUUAUGCUCCAGUUAGCAGCUUUCACUAUGGCAGCUCUAGGGAUCUGCAUGGCAGCCAGGGUAGUGUUGCCUUGAGUGUUGCUGACGGAAGAGGUUCUGGUGUGCACAUUGUUCGACAUCCCCAGGCUUCUGCUCCAGGAGACCAAUGCCAGGAUGAAGUUUUCAUUUCAGGACAGCAGAAUUACUCAUCUGCUACGCUUAGUCUCAAAGAUGUUCCUCCGGACAGCAUGAAGAAAAUAGCUGUGCAGAUACCUUUGACAAAUGGACAAAUGUGCCAGCCUCAAAGACCUCAGGCAAACUACAGCCAAGUCCAUCAUCUCCCUCCUCAAUCAUCAGUAGCAAGACAUCCAUCUAGAGAGCAAUUAAUUGAUUAUCUGAUGUUGAAAGUUGCCCACCAACCUCCCUAUACCCAGUCCCAGUGUUCUCCCAGACAAAGCCACGAAUUGCCAAAGCAAGAGAUUCGAGUGAGAAUUGACAAGGAUCCAGAACUUGGAUUUAGUAUAUCAGGAGGAGUUGGUGGUAGAGGGAAUCCAUUCAGACCUGAAGAUGAUGGUAUAUUUGUAACCAGAGUACAACCAGAAGGACCAGCAUCUAAGUUGUUGCAGCCUGGAGAUAAAAUAAUUCAGGCUAAUGGAUACAGUUUCAUCAAUAUUGAUCAUGGACAAGCAGUAUCAUUGCUAAAGACUUUUCAGAAUGCAGUGGAACUCAUCAUUGUGCGAGAAGUUUCUUCAUAAAUACUGUGGAUUGGGGAGAAGAGCCAGCAGGAUUCGUUGAAGGACUUAUGGGAAACUGAAUAUUUUGCCUAUUUUUAUACGUGAAAGGAACUUGAAAAGAAUUAUGAUCAAAAUUUGUACAGGAAAUACCAAACUUGUGGUUAAAGGGGGAAAAACCACUGUAUAGAGCGUACAGGAAAUCAUUUUGGAAAUGCAUAUGGUGAAUAAACUUGUUUUUAAGCAUUAUAACAAUCUAAGGAUCAUGCCUCCAAGAACAAACCUGUGUUGCUUUUUUUUGUACAGAUGGUAGGUUUAUUUUUGGAUAAUUCAUACACAUUACUAAACUUUGUGCAAGGCUUUGCAAAGCCUCAGUUGUAGCCAAUGGACAGAUGGCAGGGCUGUCUAUCCUGUAGCUGUUUAUUGCCUUUAUUUUUAUUCACCAGAUAUUAAUGUGUUAUGCUGAAACCAAUUCUGUAGAUACGGACAGGAGAUAUGAAAUGUUGGGUUUGCUAUGUGCACAUUGUAUAGAUGAAUGGGUAGAUGGAAGGUGGUGCUGGUUGGACAGAAUAAAGGUCAGGUGAAACAACUAUCUGCUAUCUAAGUUUGGAGUCAGGAAAGAAGAAAAAGCGUUUAGUUCUGGAGUGUACGUCUACCAAUAGAAAAUGCAAUAAAAGCUUACGGUGUUUUUUAGGAAGACUGUAACUACAAAUUUGUAAUAUUCUACAGGAUUUGUUCUUAAUAUAGUCAUUGAAUAUUCAUUUGCCACAUGUGAUUCAUGUUUAGUUUGGUUUUCCUGCAUACAUAAUUUUUUCAACUGUACUGUGGAAAUGUGCCCAGAGGUUUUUCUCUGCCGUGGAAAUCCCCAAUUUUGUGCAAAUGGUAAUACUUUUAUCUUUAUAAAAAGUACUCCAUUUUAACCUUAUAGAUUUUAAAAAUGAAACUGAAAUGGCCAGUUUUUAAGGUUGUUGCCUGUAAUAUAUAUUUAAACACACACAACGUAAAUGAUGCAGGAAGGGUUAUGAAAGACAUCUCGAUUUUGUUUGGCCUUUGCAUUGCCUUGUUAAUCAAAAAGGAAACCAUACGCAUGGAGCUAGGUAACCAAAGCAAGUUUGUGAAACUUUGAACAGUGAUGGAGAACUGCUGUGGUGAGAUGGAGAGCAAAGCCAGGGUGUUCUUACAACCCACCAGUUCGUAACAAUGUUUCUUAAAGGGCUGUUCCUACAGGUAACAUUAAAUGUGAACUAGACACUUCAGAGUCAUUAAAGGGUUUCUAACUAUAUUAAUGUUAAUAGUGAUUUACCACAGGCUGCCUUUGUUCCUUAUUACUGUAUAAAAAUAUUCAAUUAUGCUUCUAUUAAUUUUGUUUACCAGAAACAUUAACUUCAUUUCUCUCUUUCUCCUUUGUAAUUGAAUAGAGACUGCAUAAUCUGCAGUGAUAAUUAAUACACGGUUGUUAUGGACCAGUGGGAAAAGUGCCAUAGAAGACCAAUAACUGUUUUUAAUCAGGGCUAAUGAUUAGCCUGUCAUCGGAGCAAUAUUCAGUUAUUGCAGUUCAUUUUUAAUUACAUGUAAGUUGGUAGUUCGAGACAGGUAUGAGUUGCUUUUUUCAACCCAUGUGUACAAAAGUAAAUGCUUUUAAUAAAGCUAGCAAAAACACCAGCCUCCUUUAGUUUUUGGACAAUAAGCAGGAAGAGGGGAAUUAUACAUAGCUAGCGGUAAUAAACAGGCAGUACUU